AUGACCGAAAAGAAUGCGCCGCUAGGCGCUUCCAAUGCGAAAUCCAGGGAUGCAGGGAAGGAUACGAGCAUCAAAGACUCUGCCAAACCCGAAACGACCGGCUCGGCGAGUCACUCUAGUCCCAAGAAGCGCCGGAAGGUGAAUCACGGUAAGGAGCCGUUGCGCAGCAUGCACAGGGAUCUUGGCGCGGCCGAUUCUGUUGCGCAUAACGAUAAGAACAUCUUCGCUAACGUUUCCCGCAAUUCCAGCCUGUGUAUAUUGCCGCCGCUCGACGACGAGGGCUCGUCUAACAAUGAAUUGGGCACCGUUCAAAGCAUGCCUAGGAGUGUCGACGUCGCCGAUGCUGCUGGUCAGCAAUCAUUCCCUGAUACCACGAUCGGAAUUGCACCCUCGGCUGUGAACCCGCCUUCAACGGUUCCGCCUGCAAAUCUCUCUGCAUCUAGUCAGGGCCUCGAGGCUAAUUCUCACCGUGAGUUCGCAAACAAACUUGUUUUACCUCCACUCAUCUGA